AUAGAAUACGCUAAUUGAGUCAACGUUAUUGACGUGUCGUUUUUGUGUUUGUGGAGAUUUUUGGAGGAGGACAAGUCUGCAUUUUCCUGCAUUUUCCCUGUGAAUUUCCACCGGAACUCGAGAUCUCCACACCUCAGCGAUGCGGCAAAUAUAUUGCCUUCUGUUCCUAAUCCUGCAUUUGUGGUGCUGUGCCGCUGAUCGAACAACCAACAGCUACCUCAGUCCAACAGAUGAGCGCCUCCAGCGGGUAUUCCUGGAUGGUGUAAAGUCCUCAGACCUACAAACAAUCUACUAUUCAGUCCUCAAUUACGGCUCCCGGCUGUCCAGUGCUGAGAAGGAAGCUCUCUGCUCACGCGUAAAGUCUCUGCACGCUGAAUCGAAGCUCAAUGAAUUUGAGAAGAAUUUCUACUUGAUUGGCAUUCAUGCUGAGCUCAAAUGCAGCACCCCCGUGCCCUCGAGCAUCAUCUCCACUCUCGAGGGUGCCCUGGCCAAGGAUGCCACCACAGCUCCUGAGGUUUACUUCAACUUCUACGCCGCUAAAGCUGCUGGGAUUGCCCUCGAUGAUGCUGCCAAGUUGCGUGCUGUUAAAAAUCUCCAGGCAAUCCUCAAAAAGGAUGACUCCCUGUCAAAUCUCGGGCAUGCCUUUGCUGUGGCAGCUGAAGCUGGUGGGAAUGGUGUGUUGAUCCUGGAUCGCGUUGAAGAUGCCAUCGCACAGGCUGAUGAAGUUGACGGGAAGAUGUUACAAUUCGAAGGGGGGCUCAGUAUCACAGCUCUCGUCCUCAGUGGGGCCCUGAAGCUCACAGCUGCCCAGAAGAAGCCACAUCCCAUCACCCCGGUGCAGGCUACAAAAUUCGCCACUUACUUCCUGUCCAGGCGCUCAGUGCAGACGGCAAAGGGAGCUCAUGUCCUCCUGGACGCACUGACAACGCUGAAUCAGCAGAAGGGGAUUGCUCCCAUCUGCGUACAGGUUAUUGGGAAUGGGCAGCUCCAACCGGAGGAUCUUCAGGUGAAUUUCCGUGUUGUUGAUCUCCUUGGGAAUGCCGUCUCACCGGCUCUGGACAGCAUUACUGCUUCUGUCACAGCUAAGCCAGGAAGUACUUCCGUGGCCAAGGAUGUGAAGCUGACGCUCAAGGGCUCGGACAAGACAGUCUUUGCGUUGGAUUUGAAACAAGCAAAACCCGGACGUGGGCUGUACGUUGCCGAUCUCACCGCGGGAACCUUCAAGCAGACAGUUGAACUGAAGAUUCUCGGACGUGUCAAAGUGGCCAGCCUGGAGGUGGGAAUUGGGGAUUCAGACAGUAGUUCAGCCGUUAAGAAGCAAUCAGUGACGUACCCAGAUAAACUCUCAUCAUCUCUGAGUGCGGAUUCCCAACAAAAGGUCGUCAUGAAGGUAUCCCUCGUGGAUGAGGUGUCCGGAAAGCCAAUUUCCGUCCAUCAGGCUUUCGUGCGCUUCGAGAAUGCCCAGACGGGUGAGGAGAUUGUCUUUGUGGCCGAGCAGGACACGAGUAAAGCCUACAAGUUUGACAUGGAUGUCGGAGCGAGGAGUAGUGACUUCUCCCACACUUCCGGGAAGUACCAAAUGGAGCUCAUUGUGGGUGAUGCUUCACUCUCAAACAGCUUCCGUUGGCACGUGGCGAAUAUUAACCUGAAAUUCCCACAAGACGGGAGCCCAGCUGCUGCCCAGGAAUCCGUGUACAAGCCCAAGAAGGAGAUUGUUCAUCAAUUCCGUGCCCCUGAGAAGCGUCCAGCACGAUUUGUUUCGGAUCUCUUCACGGGGAUCUGCUGCAUUCCCCUGCUGAUUCUCUUCAUCCUGUGGAUUCGUCUGCGUGUCAACAUUUCCAAUUUCCCCUUCUCCCUCUCAGCCAUUGGGUUCCACGUUGGCCUGGGUGCCAUCCUUUUCCUCUUCUUUGUCUUUUGGGUACAGCUGGACAUGUUUACCACCAUCCGGUACCUCCUGCCCCUCGCACUCUUCACCUUCCUCUGCGGGAAUCGCCUCCUACGAUCACUGGCGGCUAAGAGAACUGCCCACGAGAAGUGAGGGAGAACCCUCCGAGGGGAAAAUUUACAGAAAACAUUCACAGCGCCCCCAGAAUUCAGUGGAUGGCGCGCAACCCAGUCGAGUCUCCGAGGCUCUGGCCUUUUUAACACCAUUUUCAGGGCGGGGGGAAGAUGAAUAAAGAACAAUGAGUUGAAAAACAA